ACGAAAAUACUAAUAACGGUAGGACUAAUAAUUUAAAUAAUACUAAUGAAAGCGAAGAUUUAGAAAGUUUAACAUUAAAUAUUGCAAAUUCAGUAGAUUUAGCGUUGCCAGAAUUUUUAGCAUCUAGAGAUGCAAUAUUUUUUUCAGAUUCUGUUACAACUAAUUGGGCUAGAGAUAUAGGUAAUAUGAAUUACAAUCCUAUUGAGUUAGCAUGUCAAAUGGUACAAGAUGAAGAGGAUUAA